UUUCCCACUCUUCUGUCCUGCAACUGUAGUCCGUUUGAACUUGUCCAAACUGAAUAAACCUCGGAGCUAAAAUGGCCACAGCUGGGAAGGUGAUCAAAUGUAAGGCAGCCGUGGCCUGGGAGCCCGACAAGCCCCUGGUGAUUGAAGAGAUUGAGGUAGAACCUCCUCUGGAGAAUGAGGUCCGAAUCAAGGUGGUGGCAACAAGUCUGUGCCAGUCUGACCUGUACUUCCUCUUUAAAGAUAUAAACAAAGACAUCUUCCCAAUAGUUCUUGGCCAUGAAGCAGCUGGCAUUGUGGAAAGUGUCGGCAAAGGGGUCACUGAAUUUCAGCCAGGAGACAAGGUUAUUCCUCUGUUCCUCCCUCAGUGUCGAGAAUGUCGUCUCUGUAAGCAUCCUAAGACCAACCUGUGUGAAAAAAAGACUCCUGGUCAAUCAGGCAAUCUUAAAGACUCCAAAUUUACCUGCAAAGGGCAGAAGUUGCAUCAGUUUAUGGGAACCAGUACCUUCUCUGAGUACACCGUAAUGAACCAGAAUUCUGUGGCCAAGAUCGACCCGGCUGCUCCUCUGGAUAAAGUUUGUCUCAUUGGUUGUGGGAUCUCCACAGGGUUUGGAGCAGCAAUUAAUGCAGCCAAGGUGGAACCAGGCUCCACRUGUGCUGUGUUUGGUCUGGGAGCUAUAGGCUUGGCUGCAGUCAUGGGCUGCAAAGCUGCAGGAGCCAAAAGGAUCAUCGCUGUUGACGUCAAUCCAGACAAGUUYGAAAAAGCCAAAAUCUUUGGCGCAACUGAUUUUGUGAACCCCAAAGAUCACAGUAAACCCAUCAGUCAGGUGCUAAUGGAGAUGACCAGCGGAGGAGUGGACUUCGCCCUGGAGUGUGUUGGGAACGUGGAAGUCAUGCUCAGUGCCUUGGAAGCUUGUGCACCAGGUUGGGGCGUCAGCGUGAUUGUUGGCUACACAAACCUGCACGACAUCAGUAUUCGACCCCUGAAGCUGYUGACUGGACGGACAUGGAAGGGCACCUUGUUUGGAGGGUUCAAGAGUAAGGAUGGUGUUUCUGAGAUGGUUAAAUCCUACCUGGACAAGAAGGUGAAGCUGGAUGAGUUCAUCACUCACAACAUGCCUUUAGACCAAAUCAAUGAUGCCAUUGAGCUGUUGAGGAAUGGAAAAUGCAUCCGCACAGUCCUGAAUGUCUCUCCACAAUAAGCCGUCCAUCCAUCCUUUCUGGAUUCUCAGGGGGUCACUGAUGCCCACAUCUAGCAGUCGCUGCGCGAGGAACAGAGUACACCCAGCAUAACCAAAGAUGAUUUACCAAAUCAUGCAUAAUUUGCAUAAAAAUUUGAAUAAUCAGCACUGCUCUAGAAAUGUAUGUGAAACACAUUAUGUCAAUUUGGCAAUGCAUGUACUGUAUCAGUGUUUGUAAAGCAACAUGAUUUAUCAGACAGACUGUGUCCUUUUAUGGUGGUGUUGUUUUUUAAGACAACUAAUAAAAUGUAUCUGAGACUCAUUCAGAGAAGUCUGAAAUCCUGUCAUGAAAGGUUCAAGGAUUGUUGGGUUUUUGUUGUGUGUUUGCUGCCAGACCAGUUUUAUUUCACUAAUAAAGUUGUAAUCAACCA